GCGGCGCGCUUAAAAGCGGACACUCAUAUUACUAGAAACGACAGACCCCCUCUGCACACAAACCGAGACACAGAGCCCAUGGACGACGAAACGACACCGUCCAGGGGCUUCUACGCCGCGAGAGGCGCCGGAGGCAAACUGAAGAAGCCGCUGUCCCGCAAGCUGACGACGACUCCUUACUCUCGUCCGCCUCCGAACCCAGCCGAGCGAGGCAAGCGGCGGUGGCUGUCCAGCGUCGUUGAUCCGGCUUAUCGGCUCAUCUCCGGCGGCGCCACUCGGCUUUUCACCUCCUUCUUCUCGCCGGCGAAUACCGUUAAUGCCCUUCCCGCGCCUAAUCACGAUGAACAGGAGGCGGAGAUUGAACAGAAUGCUACUGGUGACGAGCACAAUGAUGAUUCAAAUAAUUGGGUGACCAGAACUGAAACAGCAGGUCCUAGCAGGCCAGGAAAUAGUUUAAACGAUAGUUCUGGUUUUCAAGGCCACACUUUAGAUGACAACAGCAACCUGUCUGAUGUGAGUGGACUUUCUCAAAUUGAGCAGCUACUGAAGGGGAAAAAGUUUUCUAGGGACGAAGUCAAUCGCCUGAUGGAUAUUAUUCAAUCAAAGGCUGUUGAGCAUCCUACUGUGGGGCACGAAAAGGUGAAAAAAGGCAUUACUGCUGGAGGAGAAGCCAAGGGGCCUGUAAAUGCCCAUGCUGUUCCAAAGGCGUCAUCUGGAGAAAUUCAGGAAGACAUGAGUAAAGCUAUUUGGGGAACAUCAACCCCUCUUCCCCUGUCAGCUAGGCGAAAAGAGGCUGGCGCUUCACCUAUUGAAAUUGCAAAAGCAUAUAUGGGAAGCAGAAUAUCGGAUAUUGAUGAUGUGGCAGCAAUGCAUAGUAAUGAUAUUGAAUCAACACCAUUCAUUCCAGCAUCUUCCCCUAAGCCAUCAACAUGUUGGCCUGGUUCCAUGGUACAAAACCAACGCGAUUAUUCAACCCCACAGAGUGAAAGAGGCAGAUUUGGCCUUCAUAAUUUUCCCAGAACCCCUUAUUCUAGAACUAUCUUUUCAAAAUCCAAGUCCAAGUUUACUCCAUUACAAGGUGGUGGUGAUAAGUCCCAAAGAAUAUCAUCAACUCCUUUUAAGCACUUGCAAACUCCUGUAUAUGGGCAGACAUUUGGGAAGCCAAGAGAUGAUGCAUUGGAUGGUGGCUAUGGAUCAUCAGUAGGACCAAUUCGCAGGACACGCCAUAAAGUUGCUACACAAACUCCUCCUAGAGGAUCUCCUUAUGUUCAUUCAUCUUCAUUUGGAACUCCACAGGUGGAAAAUUCCCACAUCCGCAAAGAAUUUCUGCCUGCUGGCAGGAAGAAUUUUGAACUUGGAGGAUUAAGUGGCAACUCCCCGUUCCAGUCAAUAGAUAGAAAGCCUUCCAGCUCUCAAGUUGGUGUUCAUCCACAGUCUAGUCAGAUUGCAAGGACAAUUUUGGAGCACAUCAAUAGAAAUUCACCCACUCCUAAAGAUAAGUCAGAAGAGUUGAAGCUAGCCAUUGCGUGGAAGAAACCCCCGACUUCUGAUAUUCCUUCACUCAACCAGAAUGGAGAUGAUAGCUCACUUCUAGGAGGGUCUAGUUCCCGUAAAGUCAUAAUUAAUGAUAACCAGAAAAAGCCUGCUCUUGAGAACGCUGACAAGUGGAACUCUCUGUUUAAGGUUCCACCUCCAAAGCCUAGUGUAAAAGCUGCUGAUGUUGUAAGCAAUGGUCCUGCUGGUGGUGGGAGUGGUGGAAGAUCUCUAGCCAAGAGCACAGAGGAGGCUUUUCCACAGAUUACUUUAAAUGUUGUUGGUUCGGAGGUACUAAAUCAACAGAAGAAGCCUCUCUUUCAACCUUCAGGGACUAAACGCGUUUUUCCUGCUAUAUCUGUUGACAAGCCUGCGCCCACAUGGAAGUUUUCUUCUGAUAAGAGCUCUACCUUCACAUUCCCAGUGUCUACAUCUUCCGCUGUGUUUUCUGAACCACCCACACCGUCCAUUAUGCCAUCUGUGUCGACUAGCACUGAGCAUCAGCUGAAAGAUGGAGAUGCUGCUGUUCCUGCAUACAGUUUCGGAUCCAAGAAGUCUGAUCGCCUUGUGUUUACAUUCCCUUCUACCAGUGAUGCGAUCCAGAUUGGUAAUUCAGAUAUUAAGUUCAGCUUUGGAUCAGAUAAGCCAAGGUUGUCAUUCAAAGAUGCUGUCUGCCAUUAAUUAACAAGAGAUGUUAGCAUGUUCCAUCUUUUUCAUCAGUAGGUGUAAUUUUAUUUUUUCAAGAGUUUGUCAAAUAUUAUAUUUCAACCCAUGCCUCGUUGUACCCUGGACUUGGAGUGAGGCGGGUAACUAGUUUAGUAAAGGUGAUUUUUCCCAGUUUACACUAACUUCGCGCACAUAUCAUCACAUAUUAAUGUUGUAAUUGAUAGGCAAUGUGUUGUGUCUCUACGGCCUACGCAACUUAUGAUAGUGGAAGGCACAUUUCUGAUUCGCUUGCA